ACUCUGUUUUAAUAAAAAGUUAUUGAUUUAAUGCCAGGUUAUAUAAAUUAUUAAAAAUGGACCAAUUUAUCUAUAGAACCUUUCGUAGAAAAUUUUACAAUUUUCUUUGUAGCACUUGGAAUUUGUUUAUGACAGAUUUUACAGUUUUCACCAACUUAAGAAAUGGUAAAACCUGUAUUUUGGUGUGUAAAAAAAAUUGGAAGAAAACUAUUGUAGUUAACAGUGUGAAUGUAGAGAAUCAACUACAGCAAUGAUAAAUUUAAUUCUGCAAAAGCGCUUUUACCCAUAAAAUAUGGUUGUAAAUUUUUUACUUGAGUUUUAAAAUAUCUGGUAAUUUCUGUAAUUGUAAAAAAGAGUUAAAAGUUUUAUACGAAUAGAUACAAAAUUAUACGAAAUUGCAGCAAGGCAGUCGCCGAAGGGCGUAGCUGCAUAAUAAGGGCGUAGCUGCGUAAUAAUGGCGUAGCUGCGUAAUAAGGGCGUAGCUGCGUAAUAAGGGCGUUUUGGGCGUUACAACUCGUUAGGUCAGUUUUAACCACCAAAUUCCUAGAAAACAUUAAAUUUGACGAGAUUAUUAAAGGCAUUAAUAAAUGAUAAGAUCACUGUAUUAAACGCUUGAAUUUAAAGCGUAAUUAUGUAUGACCGGCUGACUAAUGAAAAAGAUACUUGGAGAAAAAAUAGCAAGAAAGAACUGUUAUUUAAUGCAGAUCGUUUCUUGAACACCAGCAUAAGAAGAAAACUUCUUUGAAUUUAACUACACUUUUAAGAAAUUCAUUAUUAAGACAAAGAUUCUCAGAAAUAUGUUUAAUUGAUAACUUCGAGAAUACUUAACUAUAAUACAACUUUUACAUGUUUAGGAAACAAAGCUCUCACUGAGCCAUUUUGGAUCUUCAUAUUCUUUUUGAGAUUUUUAAUAUUAUGGUAAAGAUAUCCACCUGUACAAUAUUAUUUGCAGUGGAACUGCAUAAAUAUGGAGAUACAAGUUUCAAAGAAUUUCUAUAAAAAUUGUCAAAUCACAAGUAAAAGCUAUUACCAGUUGAUUUUUGCAGGGUCAUGCGAAAAAAAACAUAUAAAAACAAUUCAACUUUUUACCUUUUUUAUUUGAUUUUUAAGACAUCCUUUUUUUACACGAAUAUGUACGAAAUGAUUCGAAAUGAUACAAAAUUGCAUCAAGGCAGUAACCGCCCAAGGGCGUAGCUGCGUGUUAAAGGCAUUUUAGCUAUCAAAUUUCUAACAAGCAGUGAAUUUGAUAAGAUUUAAGGCAUUAAUAAGUGAUAAGAUCACUGUAUUACAUGCUAAAAUUUAAAGCGUAGUUAUGUAUGACAGCUGACUAAUAAAAAAAUUUAGAAACAAAUAGGAAGAAAAGAACUUGUUAUUGAAUGUUGAUCGUUUCUUGAAGACCAGCAAUAGAAGACAAUUUCUUUGAAUUUAACUAUAUUUCCAAGAAAUUUAUUAUUACAAGGUACAGAUUCUCAGAAAUGUGUUUAAUUAAUAACCCGAGAAUAUAACUAUAAUACAACUUUUACAUGUCUAGGAAACAAAGCUCUCACUGAGCCAUUCUUGUUUUCAUAUUUUUUGAGAUUUUUAAUAUUAUGGUAAAUACAUUAUUUAUUGCAACUGCAUAAAAAUGUCAAAUCAAUAGCUAAAAAUAAAAGCUAUUACAGGUUGAUUUAUAAAACGCUCAUGCGAAAAUAAACAAGUAAAAUAAACAGGUUAAAACUUAUUUACAUAACAAAUUACUUUCUUAAAAUAUUUGAAAAACUUUUAAUGUCUUAGUAAGCAAGCAUGUGGGUAUUCUUCUGUAUGUGACAACUCACGUACGGGAUACUUAAAAGUGCUGUUGGGAAGUAGUAGUUGAACUAAAAACAAUACUUCAAAAUGGAAACCAUGGUACAUAACAUUUUUAAAACUAUACUAAUUCUUAUUGAGAAACUGAUUAAAGCAAAUAUAACUGCCUGUAUCUAAUAACUAUAGCAAUUUGAUUUGUUUUCUCAAAAUAAUUUCUGUAGCUUUUCUUAGUGUUUUAAACGUUUUAUGUGCCAUUAAAAGUAUAUCGUCUAAAAAUAUUAUCAACCUCACAUGUAUUCGUCUCAGUACUAAGAUUGGUAUUUUUAGUAAUUUUGUGAAAAUUAACGGUGCUGGACCAAGACGGAAACAUAGACAAAAGAAUUCGUAAAGAUUGACCUCUCAAAAGAACCUUAUAUGCUUCCUGAAGUCUUUUUAUUGUAAACUAACAACUUAGACCCCAGGGGCUUUUGUCCUUUUGACAUCGAGGCCGGGGCCGUCAAGCAAGUGUAGCGGCUUUGACAUGGCAACAAACCCUGGGGACGAGGAUGUGUCAAUUGAUAAAGAAGUGUCAUAUGAUAUAAAAUAGGUCAUAUAAAUAAUAUACAAAUGUUUGUUCCGUUUGUAGAUUUUCAAUGCACAGUAUUUUGUUUUACUUAAAAAACAAUUUUAUUGCAUAAUAUUUUCUCGGAAAUUCCCUUCACCGAUGAUAUUAAUUUUAUCUUAUUUGCUUUCAAGCAGGAUAGUAUAAAAUAAGAAAGUACGAAGUAAUGAAAGAAAAUUUUCCACUGAAAGAAAAAAAGAACAUGGCAGCGCAUGCAGAUCUGGAAAAAUUUGAAAAAAAGAAGGUCACAAAUUUCUUUGUGGGACUGAAAGAUGAAGAUGAGCUCGUUUUCGAGAAAACGGAAAAUAAAUUAUGUAGAAUUAAAAGAUCUACCCCAUCAUUGGAAAAUAAAAUAAAAUUUAAAGAUAUUGCUCAUUUAGAAGAGCAACUUCUGACCGCUCUUCAAAAAGCAAAAGAGUCCAUGGUAGAUGGUGAUACUUGUUCUUUGUCUACUCGCAUAAUGGAUGAACCGUAUUGGGAUAUCGAACCCGGCUCGUACAAAUGCUCUGAAAUUGCAAACAAAAAAAUACGCUGGCACGAUAGCAAGGGUAUUGCUGGGAAAAUAAAAAGAAAUUAUCAAACAACACCAGAGACAAAAAAUCAGCUUGCCGUGGAAUUCAGGAUAGACGGUGAUAAAGAUACUUUAUCUUAUCGAACACUUACAGAUGAUGUCAAAGAUUACGAUUUCAUUGACGUUGGUCACGGAUAUUUUCUCUAUCCAGAUAAGCAAUACACUUCGUUCGUCAUUGUGGAUCCAAGAAAAAGAAAUGCGAUCAUAAUACUUUUAACAAUUCACUCCGCUGCUGAUCCUGAAUACGAAAGUUUUGUACGAAAGUUUCACGAUAAAUUAAAAAAUAAAAUAAUUGAACAUCCUGAAGGCUACUCUGUUGAGAAAAUGUACGCAUUUCGAAACAUGGUCUGGAAGUUAUCUCAUGAAACAGAAAUUUUGGUUCAGGAAUUUAAAAUUGGUAGCGAUCGUGUUUACGCAAAACUCCAUUUCGUCGAUAAAAAGUUAGUUUCCAAGAUGAGUGAGAAAGAAUGGAAAGAAGAGGACGUAACCACCAUGAUUGAGGAAUCACUCGUACAAAUCGACAAUCUCUUGAGUAAUGUUGCUUGAUUUAAAUGAUCUGCUCUUAUUUCAUUAAAAAAUCAUUUUUUUUUUGUUUUUAUUUCCCGUCUAAACAAAAAACAAUAUCAAAUUUUCUACAAACAAAAAUACAGUAGACCUCACUUUACCUGUUGUUGUUUCAGUUUUGACUUUAUCUCGUUCAGUUGUAAUAUCGCACAAUAUUUCUUGGUUUAAAUUGAGCAUCUUCAAACAUUUUGAAAACGUACUGCAGUUUAAAUUACUAGUCGUUAGCCCGUGGAAGAACCCACGGGUUCGCCCGUCCUUUUUAUACCGCAAUGCGUGCGUCUUGCUACCUGCGCAGCUAAGCUACCAUUUUGCGUGACAGACAGACGAACUGACGGACAGACGUAUGCGGGUAUUAUAAUAUAGACGGAGUCGCUCGUUCUUUAUAUUUACCCGUCGCAACAAAGUGGACAGAAUUUUAUCGCAUUUGGUAUUGAUGCGCAUUUUAAAAAUUUCGCGUUUCUGUUACGGGACACGGCUUUCGCGGACACACAGACAGACGACGGCUAUUAUUACAGAGAUAAGAAAUGAUCAUAAGGAAGCCAUAAUUCACAAGAUAUUUAUGGUAUAUAUUAUUCCAAACAUUAUUAUUGUUACUUUUAUUGUUUAACGUACUUUUAUUAUCAAUUAAUUCCUUAAAAAACUAUUGAA